AUGAGCGGUGAACCCGACCUGUCUUCUGCAAUUGCCGAGGUUCAGGCAGCGCUCGAGCGCUUACGCCUUGCGGCCGACAGGUCCGCAUCGGCCUCUCAAGGCUGGAGCUUUGUGGAUUCUCCGCCCGAAACGUCGUCCGUUCCCCAUCCUGUAGGUUCUAGUGAUAGGGUUCCUAGUCCUCAUCCAUCCCCUGGGGUUGCUAGUAGGCACGCUCCUCCAGCUGCCCCCACCCGUGCUGAGACCGCAUCCUCAUUUGCAGCCUGCCCUCAGUACUGCCUGGACUUGUGCAGUCGGCUCACUUCCUCAUCUUUGUCUGCCUCAGAGCGGGCAAAACGUGCUUGGGCUGCAGGCCUCUGGGCCAGAGAGGUUUUGGACGGGAGGUGGGCUACGCCGCUCCCUUCUCCAUCCGUGGGUCUUCGCCCUACUGUGUAUAUCGUGCUUCGCUGCGUUGAUCUGGCAGAGCCUGCCCGCUACAGCACAUAUACCGCCUUCCGUCGAGCAGUUGGCCCGCUGGAGAAUUCCUCCACCGUCUGCCACUCCUUCCCAUCCUUGGCUGAAGCCCGUGUGUAUUGCUACGCUGCUGGCGUGUGCAGCACUGGCGAAGCCCGACAGGUUUUGUUGAUGCCGCUGCUGCUCCGAGAGGGUGGCUUCUUAUGCGCCCUGCCUGCAGACUUGCAACCGGAGGUCGUGGCCGAGACGGGAGCUCCUUUGCCAACUCCCCUGUUAGGGCCUUGUCGUUUGGUCACCGUCCCGGCUAUCGAGGAGGACGAGCAUGGCGAGGAGAUACCUUCAGGCUUGGAUAUCCAGGCCUUGCUGUUGGAUCUAGAGAUCGGGGCCUUAGCUUCGAUGAGGCUUUUCGACCCCGUGACCGAGACAGGGACUGUGCACUCUUUUGUUCAGGAGUCCCCGCACUUGAUUCCGCAGUAUGCUGCCCUUCUCCAGCAAGCCAGCCAGGCUUUGGAUCGAACAAGAGACGACCGAGAGGUUGGGGUUCUAUUCAGCUCAGAAGGAAGAGGUUCCGCCUGUUCCUGCCAAGAAAGCUUCUCCCAAACCAAAGCGAGUCACUGUGGGCCUUCCGAGCAGGUAUCUUCUCUGGCAACUUUGCUCCCAGGCCUGAUCGAUCAAAUGAAGUCUGUCAUCGAGAGGCAGGACCGCAUCGAAGCAGGGGCCGCUCUCCAGCCUCAGCCGUCCCCUCCUGUGCCAAAGCCUCCGCGUCAGCAGAGUUUUGUGAUCCCAAAAGGACCUGGCCUGCCCAUGCCGAAGGUUACUGCUCUUACCGGGCCUCCGCCUCGGACCAGGCCUCCAGAGGUUCAGACACCCGCCCUUGCAACAGGCGUAGCCGGGGCAGCCCCAGACGUAGACCCCGCGGCCCUUUCUACUCUUGUGGGCCACCUGGUGUCGCAACAAGAUGGUGGCCUGGCAGACCUUUCGUCGACCCCAGGGUCGAUAAAUCUGAGUGCAAAAGGGGCCGCCAAAAGGGAGAAGCUUCAAGCUGCGCUGGCCAGCCGCUCGGGGGACUUCUUUCUUCAAGUGAUGCAGGCAGCUUUCAAAAGGCUGAAUCCUUCAGCACCUUGCCCGGCAUCAUUGAACGACUUGUCAGGUCAGGUGUCGAUUUGCCACUAUUUAGAAAGGUUUGGGGGCUUUGGGGGUCAGCGCGAAGCAGGCUAUGUCAUGUGGUGCUUGGCUCACAUAGCCGACUGUCUGAUCCAGCAGGACAUACAAGGAGCACAGGAGUUUUUGGCGCUCACCUUGGUGGCGGUCGAUCAGAGCGUGAUCGACCACGGUCGUUGGAACUUUGCCUGGAUCCUUACACUCCUCGAGGACCCCCCGGCCCAGCUGUUCCAUGCGAGGCCAUACAGCUCGAACCCCAUAUCCAGAGCGUUUUCUCCGUUGUCUCCGGUGGCUUGGACUACUUGUGCCCUCCAGUACUUGAAGGAAAUCGACCUCAUUACGACCCGUCGUCUGGCAAGUCUGGGAACUGGGCCAAAGGCUGCAGCCAGCAACCAGCAGGGG